AUGAUAUUGCACUUGCGAAACCACCUCUCCGUUCAAUUAUUUUUAGGCGGGAAAUCUCUUUCUGAAAUCCACGGAGACUGUAUGCGUAGCUAUCGCCACUCGCCCGUCGGCGCGGGGCGCGGCGGCCGCAAGGCCCCUAGUGGCACCACCGCCUCCGCCGCCGUAGCGGCGGGCUCCCCGUCACCGCCGCAUCCCGCCUCCGCCCUCCCUGCUCCCCAUCGCUCAGCCUCCACCUCCCUUGCCCGCGCUCUCCGCCUCCUGCCGCCCGCCUCCGCUGUCUCCACCUCCAUCAAUACCUCGGUCGCCACAGCCAGCAACAGCAAUUCCUCCUCCAAGCACUCAAGUCAUCAAUCCAACCAUAACCACGCCUCCGCCACUAACCGUAAUGGCAACGGUAACGGUAAUCACCAUUCUGCAUCCAACGGCUCAAACGGCACCGCCAAAUCUGACGGUAGCGGCCCAAGCGCUAGCAACGACCUGUACGACAUCGUCGCUGCAGCCAGCGCGCCGACCGUACGGGUGCACCUGGUGGUACCUCGCUGCACCACCGUACCGGGCGAGUACCUGACGGUGGUGGGCGAUUGCGAGGCGCUGGGUUCCUGGGAUGUGGAACGUGGUGUACGACUGCACUGGUGCUCCGGCCACAUGCACACCGCCACCAUUACUCUUCCCGCGGACUGGCAAUCCCUAAAGGCCAAAUUGGUCAUGGUGCACGGCCAGGGCCAACACGCGCCGCUAACAUGGGAGCCGGGACAGGACAGGAACAUCGUACUGCAGCCGCCGCCGGCGCAGCAGCAGCAGUCGCCGUCUAGUAGCAGUAACGCUAACGGCAGCUCUGGUGGGUUGAAGGGCAGCGGCGGGAAGGCAGGUGGUAGUACGGCAGCAGCGGCGGCGGCAACGACUGGUUCAGUGCCGCCGCAUGAAUACGUGGUGAUUUGCCAUUGGGGGCAUACAGACGGGACGUCGGUGUUGGCUCGGGAAGUGCCUGGAGAGGUUUUGGUCCUGGAACAGCGACUAGCAGGAGCGCUUUCGGAGCUCCGUACGGCACGCAAUGCGGCAGCCACUAGCCAGGAGAAGCUGCAGCGAAUGGCGCAGGACCUGGCGAGCUCUGAGAGGGUUGCACGGCAGAGUGCUGAACAGCUAGCUGAGCUGCAGUCCAAGCACAGCGCAAUGGCCACCGAGCUGACGGAAACCAAGCGCCAGGCCAAGGCCGCCGCAGCGGAGGCCGCCACCGCCGCAGCCGCUGCCGCCAAGGCCAGCAGCGUCAACGUUGCGGAGGUCGAGGCGCGUGUCUCCAAGCGCUACGAGGCGCGCAUGGCCGAACUAAAACUGCAGCUUGAUGAUGUCAAAGGCGUUUACAGCGCUGAAGUGACAUCCCUGCAGCAGAAGCUGGAAGCCAGCCUGAGUAAGGAGGCUGAGGCCCAGGAGAUGGUCCAGACGUUGCGGGAGAUUGUGCAGAAGGAUGUGGCCAGGUUGAGAACAGAGCUGUCGCAGCUUGUGAAUGAGUACAUCGCGGCUAGGCAGCAGCUGCAGGAGCAAGCUCAACAGAUCGAAGCCAGUGAGAAGCUGAGGAUGCAACAGAUCGACGGUCUGUCCUCCGAGAUUAAGAACCUGAUCUCCAAGUACAACACCGCCCAACAGACCAUUACGGAACAGCAGCGACUGCUUGAUGAGCUGCAGGCUGGCCGCGGCGGCCCGCUGCCUCCCCACACCAGGGGUAUGGAUGCCGUACAGCACGUGGCUGUGCCGCCACCCCCCGACAACCAGGCGGGUAGGGGCUGGCGGGCAGAUUGGGCCCGUCUGAGCAAGCUGACGACGACGACGGCCAAUAGCGCUGCUACUGCUAGCAGUGGGGGUGGCAGUACUGGGGCCGCGGGCGUGGCGGCUGGCGCUGCUAACACCCGAUAA